GUCAAUGGGCGAUCCUAAAGGUCCAUGGCCUAGGUUGGUGACCUUCAUUGCACUUUGAAGGGGCGCCCGCCUAAGGUCGGCCCAAGUGGCCGAGCCUACGUCAUAAUUUGUGGUAGAGGGGGCCUGCGUUCGCGCGGCUCCUACCAAAUCUAAACAAAAUCUUUCACUGGUGGGCUUCCUGAAUUAUUGAGGCCCAACUACCGGUACUACUAUUAAUAGAAAAUGUACUGAUAUUCUGGUAGUCUCUAUUUUCAAGUAUGUGAAAAUUAUUAUGUUUACUCUAAAUUAAUUAUAAGUUGGUGCUCCUAGGAUGUCGGGGCUUAUAAAAUUGUUAAUUUCAUGCUAAUGUUUGUCAUAUGACACUCUUUGAAGGUCCCAACAUUUCGUCGUUAAACCUCGAAACAUUUAUCAGAUUCUUGGUUAAUUUGAAAAAAAGUUUGGGGGUAAAUAAGAAAUUUUAAACCCAAUUAAACAACCGUAGAAAUUAGGCCUAGGUUUCAGCAUGAUUAGUAUUGUGAGGUCUAUUUUAUCCAAUUCAAGAGAAAACUUGAAAGAUAAUGUUCACAAGAUUGUUUCCGUUUUGAACUACUUCAUUGAAAAGAGGUUAAUAGUCCAAGGGACCAUUUUUCAUGGGCAUUUGAUAAAAAAAGGCGUUUCAUCUCAGAAGCAUAUUGCCGUUAAGUUGCUUAUUUUGUACCUUAAAUCCAGAAAACCAAAUGAAAUUAAUCAGAUGCUGAAGGAGUUUGAUGGGUUCAACUUAGUUGUGCAUAAUUGUCUUAUUACUGCUAAUCUUGAAUGGGGAAAGCUGGACGAAGCUCGUAGACUGUUUGAGGAAAUGCCUGAGAGAAAUGAAGUUUCUUGGACAGCUGUAAUUUCGGGGUUGUUGAGGUCUGAAAAAGUUGAAGAGGCGAUUCUGUACUUUGAGAGAAACCCAUUUCAGAAUCUGUUUUCGUGGACAGCAGUUAUCAGUGGGCUUGUUCAAAAUGGGUCAAGUUUUAAAGCAAUGAAGUAUUUUCUGGAGAUGCUUCAAUGUGGAGUUAUGCCUAAUGCUGUCACUUUUACUUCCAUUAUUAGAGCAUGUGGAGAGCGGGGUGAUUUUAAUUUGGGAAUGAGUGUAUUGGGUUUGAUUGUUAAGAUUGGCUAUGAAAAUAACUUGUCAGUUUCGAAUUCUUUGAUCACGUUUAACUUGAGACUAAAUGAUACUGUUUCAGCUAGGACAAUUUUUGAUAGGAUGCAGAGUAAAGAUGUCGUUUCGUGGACAGCGAUUCUUGACAUGUAUGUUCAGAUGGGAGAAUUGGCAGAAGCUCGUCGUAUCUUUGAUGAGAUGCCAGAAAGAAAUGAAGUUUCUUGGAGUACGAUGAUCUCGAGGUACAGUCAGAGUGGUGAUGCAGAAGAGGCAGUGAAUCUCUUCGUUCGCAUGGUCCAACAAGGGUUUAAACCAAACAAGUCAUGUUUUGCUAGUGUAGUAAGUGCGUUGGCUAGCCUGGAAGCUUCAAUAAUGGGAAGGAUUGUUCAUGGACAUAUAUUAAAAAUCGGGAUGGAGAGAGAUGCUUACAUUGGCAGCUCACUUGUUGACCUGUACUGCAAAUGUGGAAGCACCAAGGAUGGGCGUGUAGCAUUCGACUCGAUCUUGGAGAAGAAUGUUGUUUGUUGGAAUUCAAUGGUUAGUGGCUAUAGUCUCAAUAACCAGCUCGAAGAAGCUAAUGAGCUAUUUGGCAAGAUACCCCAAAAAGAUAACAUCUCAUGGAAUUCACUAAUAACUGGUUAUUUGGAGUAUGAAAAAUUUGAUGAGGUUUUUGAAGUUUUCGGUGACAUGCUUCUGUCCGGAGAACGACCAAGUAAGUCUACUUUCUCUAGCGUUUUAUGUGCUUGUGCGAGCUUAGCUUCACUAGAAAGGGGGAAGAACUCACAUGGUAAGGCAAUUAAACUUGGUUUUCACUCCGACAUUUUUGUCGACACUGCCCUUGUGGAUAUGUAUGCCAAAUCCGGUGAUGUUGAAAGCGCUAAGAAAAUCUUCAAAAGGAUGCCCAAACUCAAUGAGAUUUCCUGGACAGCUAUGAUUCAAGGUCUUGCAGAAAACGGUUUUGCAGAGGAAGCACUUGCUGUUUUUGAAGAAUUUGAACGGACCAAGUCCCGUAAACCUAAUGAACUGCUUCUUUUAGCUGUUUUAUUUGCUUGCUCCCACUGUGGACUAGUAGAUAAAGGACUCCAUUACUUCAAUUCAAUGGAAAAGGUCUAUAAUAUACAGCCGAAUGAUAGGCACUAUACCUGUGUAGUGGACAUGCUGUCUCGUUCAGGACGUCUUUCUGAAGCAGAGAAGUUCAUCUUGGACAUGCCCUGUGAACCAGAAGUUCAAGCCUGGGCAGCUCUCUUAAGUGGUUGCAAAACAUACAGAAGUGAGAUAAUGGCAGAAAGGGUGGCGGAAAAGAUUUCAGAGCUGGCUGAAAAGCAUCCCGAAGGAUAUGUGUUGCUGUCAAAUGUUUAUGCUUCAGCUGGCAGAUGGUUAGAUGUCUUACACAUGAGAAAACAAAUGAAGGAAAAAGGACUGAGGAAAAGCGGGGGAUGUAGUUGGAUAGAAGUGCGGAACCAACCGCAUUUCUUUUAUUCUCAGGAUGGUUCUCACAAUGAGUUCACAGAAAUUUACGGGGUUUUGGAAUUAAUGAGGUCAGAUAUGCUGCUCACAUAGAUAGUGUCAACUUUUGAAAGACACCUAAAUGAAGCCACCAGAUGCAGAUCAGAGGUCAAAAGAGUUCUAGAGAACAUUCUUGGUGUAGAAAAUGUGAAUGCAGAUCCCAUUGAAUUGAACUGGGUCCAUAAAUCUAAGAAAUGAAAUGCCUGAAGCUGUAAUGGAACUGCAAUACAAGUAGGGAAAGCUCUCUCUUCACUAAUUUCAAUCCCUUGGCAUAGUAGUAGAAGUUUUUUUUCUUCUACCGCCACCAAAAAACAAGAAAGGCUGGAAAGUAGGAAAAAGAGUUGGCUAUAGAAACAAAAAGGAGAGAUUGACUCAUCCCAAAUAGUCGCAAACAUUCUUUAAAGUGUAGUUUAUGACCUUUUACCCAAGGUCAAGGCUCUUCAGAUCAAUAUUCAUUGUUUACUCAAUCAUUGUAUAUUUCCAGAAAGAUGAUAUUUAGAAACAGGAACACUGAUUAUUUGCCUAUAAGAAGUGGCAAUUUUUUGUUCGCAUGAAGGUGAUUUCUUCUCAUCUAUUGUAGCAGUGGUGAUAGAAUUAUCUAGUACCUGUUAUUAGUAGGAGGUGACAGGUACCCCAUGGAAUUAGUCGAUGUGCGCACAAGCUAAACCGAGAUACAGUGGUGUGCUAGUGCAUGUGCAGGUCUCUUGAUAAUUACUUGAGAGAUGAUUUACUUUUAAGUUUCCUUAAAGAUAAUGAAUGGAAAAUUUUUCUGUAACUAUUACUUCACUCAUACAAAAGAAAAUAAAGUUUUGUUCAGUUGCCGCUCA